AUGGGGAAUCAUGGUUGUGAAGAUGAUGACGAUGAUGAAGAUUUGCCACCUGGAUUUGGUCCAGCUGCUGUGAAAGACGACGAUGAUGACUUACCAGAGUUUAACUUCAAUCCCUCCACUGCACCACCGGUUACUUCUUCUCCCCGGCAAGCAGUGGUGCCUCAGUCUCAGUCUUUGAAUCAAGUAAGGGAGCUCAUAGUCAAGUACGGAAACUCAGCAGGUAAACAACCAUGGAAUGGUCAGGAUGAUGACGAUGACGAUAUUCCUGAAUGGCAACCUCAAGUCUCAGGCCACCAGAUUCAACCUCCACCACCUCCUCCACCUCCUGGUCCUCCAUUUCAUAGCAGAGCCAUGGCCAGACCACAAGGACAACAUGGUGCUGGACCAUCAGAUGGAUGGAGACCCAAUCAAAACGCACCUAGGCAACAACAACAGUACAGUGCACGUAGGAAUAGAGGAUUUUGA